AUGGCAGAAUUGCGAGACGAAAACCAGCCAUUCAUCGAAAAAUCUAAAGUUGAUACUGAAUACUCAUCAGAAGAUCAACUCAUCCAAAAUUCGUCCGGGAAGCAAACCUAUUCCACGUUGUUGAUAGUCGCGCUACUUCUGUUAUCGAAUCUAUACUUUAUUACGAAGUGGAGGCUGGCUGUUGAUACGGCUUGCAUUCGUCCACAACUCACGUUUUCGCCUUUGAGGAGAGUUACAAGUUACGAGAAGAAGACCUUAUGGCGAGACAUUACGCAUAAUCCUUUCACGGGGCCACCAAGACCAGCGUUUGACCAAGCAUGGCACGAUCUUUUAUCCCCUAUGGUAAUUCGAGUAUCGAACGAGGAGCUGAAAGAGAUCAAUAAACCCUCAAUUGCGUUUGUUGAUGGGUCUGGAUUUAUCGCGGAAACGGCUGCUUAUCACGAGCUUCAUUGCGUUAAGCGACUGCGUCGGCAUCUUUAUGUUGAUCACUACUACCCAAAUAUGACAGAAGCCGAUGUAGACAGGGAAAACAGACAUGUUGAGUAUCUUAGAGAAGCAGCUAUGUGUCGAGGUGAUCCUACUAUUGUUCCUUUCCACUGGGAAGAAGGAAAGCCCUUCUCAAGCCAAGAAAGCGACCAUGAGUGCAUCAAUUGGGAAGCCUACGCUGCUUGGGCCAAUAGCCGCAAAGUUGAUACGUCCGAUUAUUCAACAUUGACUAGGGAUGUCGUUUAUCCUAUCUGA